CCUUCCUUAUCAAAUUACAUCACCACGUCAGAAUAGAAAUAGUGCCAGCAUGGCGUUCACUCUGUACUCUCUGAUACAAACAGCAAUUUUAUGCACCAAUGCGAUAGCCGUUUUGCACGAAGAACGGUUCUUGAGCAAAAUUGGUUGGGGAGCAGAUCAAGGCAUCGGUGGAUUCGGCGAUGAACCAGGGAUUAAAGCACAAGCCCUGAACCUCAUACGUUCCGUCAGAACAGUGAUGAGAGUGCCGUUAAUAAUAGUGAACGCGGUGUGCAUUGUACUACUUCUGCUUUUUGGAUGAGGAACCGCCCCGACAGCCAAAAUGAAUAACGGGAAACAAACAACACAAGGACCAUUUCACGUCAAGAUGGAUAUCUCCACUCCUCGACCUGUAGGGAUUUUUUUAGCAUCUCCAUUUGAGUCUUACUUUGCACCUCAUUUUUGUGCUUCAACAACAGUGAAUGAUGAAUUGUCUUUUUUUUGUAUAUCCACGCUCACUUUUCUACACAGAGAGCCAAGAGCUAGGUUUUCUCUGAAAAGCUGGAGGACAGAGCCAGCAAAAAUGACAAUAAAAAAAAGACAAGCAAAAAAAAAACCCCAUCUUGUCUGUCCUGGGACAUUGCCUUGAGCACAGUUCUUUCGGUUUAAAAUAAAGUAAUUCAUUUGCCACCUGACAUCUACGCCACCAGCCCACCACAUACAUUUUCCAACUGGAUUUAUUUUUCUGCUGACUGGGUACAACUUCUGCCAGCCUGCCUGAAAGUAAUAGAGCCCAGCAGAUCCAUGGGGGGCUCAGCUCCAUUGGUUAAGGUGCCGUACGGGAGAUACUUCUGUAAAUGCACUGUGGUCGGCACUCCUUUUCUCCCCCAUCUGUCACCAUGCAUCCCUGUUGUCUUCUAAGGACCUAGGGUGCAUUCCAAUAUGCAAAUUGUGUCCUCCACUUGUGCUUGUGGCCUCGUACCAGGAAGUAAUAUGUUGUGAUGACAUCACUGACAACAGCAUUGUAUUUCAAUAUUUUGCAAAAGCUCAGUUGUAAAGUCAUUUUCUCAUUUGCAAACUAGAUGGUGAAUGAAGAGUAGUCCCUCAAAAAUUGUUGUGGCUAGGCCACAAGCACAAGUGGAGGACGGGAGUCUGCAUAUUGUAAUGCACCUCUGGUCUAUGUCACAUAACCAAAAUAUAUCAGCUGUACUAUUUAAGACAUUAUUCGUAACAAGAGGAUAACAACUUGCAUAGAUAAUGGACUGCAGUAGCUUGGCUUGUUGGUAUGACAUUUGACCGACCCAUCAAGUGCUGUUAUUGUAAGGGGUAUACUCCCUCUGUCUGGCACUCAUUGCAAUGACUGAAUGUUGUGUGCAAGCAUUUAUAAUGAAGUUUCAUCUUCUUAAAAAUGCAAUCGAUCAUGUCUCUCAUUAAUGUUUUAAUAAACGGAAUUAAACAUUUUAA